CUGGAAGGAGAAUUCGAAGGAACGCCAAGAUCAAGGGAUGAUUACAUUCCUACAAGAGGCGACCGUGCCGACAUUAGGAAACCCAUUGACAAUCUUCAAACUGAAGGGCAAUUUGAAGGAACUCCAAGAUCAAGAGAUGAUUAUCAACCUACCAGAGGUGACAGGGCAGAUGUUAAGAGACCUCAGGAUAACCUCAAGCCGGAAGGACAAUUUGAGGGAACCCCAAGGACUAGGGACGAUUUCAAACCGACACGUGGUGAUCGUGCUGAUGUCAAGAAACCUAGGGACAACCUUCGACAAGAAGGACAGUUUGAGGGAACGCCGAAAUCAAAAGAUGACUUCCAGCCCACAAGAGGUGAUCGUGCAGAUAUCAAAAAACCAAAAGACAAUUUGAAAACUGAGGGAGAAUUCGAAAGGCCUCAGCCUCAGGAAUAUGGCCCUGGGGAUCGAGCUGAAAUCAUUAAGCACCCAGACAACCUCAGAUUGGAAGGGGAUUUUGAUCGACCCCAGCCCCAAAAGGUAGGACCGGCAGAAAGAGCUGACAUCAAGAAACCUAUAGAUAACUUGAAGCUGGAAGGAGAAUUCGAAGGAACGCCAAGAUCAAGGGAUGACUACAUUCCUACGAGAGGCGACCGUGCCGAUAUUAGGAAGCCCAUUGACAAUCUUCAAACUGAAGGGCAAUUUGAAGGAACUCCAAGAUCAAGAGAUGAUUAUCAACCUACCAGAGGUGACAGGGCAGAUGUUAAGAGACCUCAGGAUAACCUCAAGCCGGAAGGACAAUUUGAGGGAACCCCAAGGACUAGGGACGAUUUCAAACCGACACGUGGUGAUCGUGCGGAUGUCAAGAAACCUAGGGACAACCUUCGACAAGAAGGACAGUUUGAGGGAACGCCGAAAUCAAAAGAGGACUUCCAGCCCACAAGAGGUGAUCGUGCAGAUGUCAAAAAGCCAAAAGACAAUUUGAGACAGGAGGGUGAAUUCGAUGCUCACAGAAGUCGAGAUGAUUUCUUGCAUGUGAGUGGUGAGCGAAUGCCUGUUAUAAAACACGUGGAUAAUUUGAUAUCUGAAGGAGAUUUUAUCGACAGCAGAACAAGUGAUGAUUUCAAACUCGUUAAAGGUGAACGUGCCGAGAUAACGAAACACUUGGACAAUAUAAAACUGGAAGGAAAUAUAGAAAUUUAUCGGUCAAGAGAUGAUUACAGUACAGGCAAUACAGACAGAGUUGAAAUCAAGAGAUACGAAGAUAAUCUUAGAAUGGAAGGUGAAUUCCUUGACUUGAGGACGAGAGAUGAUUAUAAAAUAUGUGCUUGUGAACGUUCUGAAGUGAAGAAAUAUGACGAUAAUUUGAAACUAGAGGGUGAAUUUGGUGGACCCAGGACACGUGAUGACUAUAAGCCAGUUCAAGGAGAACGACCGGAAAUGAAGAAACAUCCGGACAAUUUAAAACUUGAAGGAGAGUUUAUUGAUGCUCGGUCCAGAGACGAAUAUGUCACCACUAUGGCAGAGAGAAUGCAAAUAAUUAAGCAUGAAGAUACUCUUAAAUUGGAAGGAGAAUUCCGUGUGCAAAGGACACGAGAUGAUUUUACAGGAUUGAAAGGAGAAAGAGCAGAAGUUACAGUUCACAAAGACAACUUGAAAGUGGGGGGAGAAUUUGUAGAACAUCGGUCCCGAGAUGAUUAUAAGUUUGUAAGAGGGGAACGAACAGAGGCAUUCAAGUAUGAAGAUAACCUGAAACUUGCUGAUGCCGAGUUUGGUGGAACGAGAACUAGGGAUGAUUACAAAACUGUGCCUAUUGAACUGGUGCAACCAAAGAAACACGCAGACAAUCUCAAAAUUGAAGGAAAUUUUGAAGGUAGCCCACUUUCUAAAGAAGAUUUCAAGCCCGUUCAAGGAGAACGAGCUGAGAUCUCGAAACAUGAAGACAGUCUCAGAAUGGAAGGAGAAUGGGAGGUACAUCGAUCUCGCGAUGACUACUGUGCUGUGAAAACAGAAAAAGUAGACAUAAAGAAACACGAAGACAAUCUGCGGGUUGAAGGGGAAUUUGUCGAUCAUAAAGCCAGAGACGAUUACAAACCAGUCAAGUUUGAGCGUCCUGAUAUCAAGAAAUAUCCUGAUAAUCUCAAACCGGAAGGUAGGUUCGUAGGCUCACGUACAAGUGAUGAUUUUCAACCAAGGAAAGGAGAAAGGCUAACACCUGUAAAACAUCCAGACAAUUUGAAAAUGGAAGGCGAGUUCAUAAGGCCAGAAGACAAGAAGCCAGUUGUAGGGGAACGGGCUGAAAUCAAAAAAUAUCCUGACAAUCUGAAACCAGAAGGUGACUUUGGAGGCCCAAGGUCACGUGAAGAUAUGACUCCCCAGAAAGGUGAAAGGCCAUCACCUAUUAAACAGCCUGAUAACUUGAAAUUAGAAGGCGACUUUGAUAGACCAGUACAUAAGAAGCCAGGGUUUGCUGAUCGUCCUGAUAUAGUAAGACAUCCAGACAACCUAAAACCAGAGGGAGGUUUUGGUGGCCCAAGAACUCGGGAUGAUUUUACACCUGGGAAAGGAGAAAGGCCUUCACCCAUCAAACACCCAGACAAUUUGAAAUUAGAAGGUUACUUUGAGAGACCGUUAAAGGAGGCACCUGGUCCUAGUGAUCGUGCUAAUAUUGUCAAGCAUCCAGAUAAUUUAAAACCUGAAGGAGAAUUUGGAGGGUACAGAAGUAGGGAUGAUUUCACACCUUGCAAAGGAGAAAGGCUGGAGCAGGUGAGGCAUGCAGACAAUUUAAAAUUGGAAGGUGAUUUUGAGAGGCCUAGUAAAGUAAAGCCUGGACCAGGGGAACGUGCUGACAUUGUUAAACAUUCUGAUAAUCUCAAACCUGAAGGAGAAUUUGGUGGUCCCACAUCCAGAGAGGAUUUCCAGCCAAAGACAGCAGACAAACAAACACCCAUUAAACCAGCAGACAACCUUAAGAUAGACGGUGAAUUUAGUGAUCAUCGCCCUCGAGAUGAUUUCAAACCCAUUCACGGUGUAAGACCAAAGAUGAAGAAACAGAGUGAUAAUCUGAAGCCUGAAGGAACAUUUGAAGGGUACAGAACACGUGACGAUUUCAAGCCUGUGAAGGGUGACCGAUCACAAAUUGUGAAACACCCAGAUAACCUUAAAACUGAAGGGGAGUUUGAGGCAAGUCCUAUAUCAAGGGAAGCCUUCAAAUAUGUGAAAGGUGAACGCAGCGAAGUUAAAAAAUACCGUGAUAAUUUGAAAGUUGAAGGAACAUUUGAUGACAAAAGAUCCCGAGAUGAUUAUACUGUUGUAAGGGGAGAAAGAGUCGAGGUAAAGAAACAUGAAGAUAAUUUGAAGCCUGAAGGCACUUUUCAGGACACAAGAAGCAGAGAUGACUAUAGUGCAAUAAAAGGUGAAAGAAUGGAGGUGAAGAAACAUAAUGACAAUCUGAAGAUAGAAGGCAAAUUUGAAGGCAGAAGGUCUCGAGAUGAUUUUAAAGUAAUGCGAGGGGAGAGAGCUGAAGUGAAGAAGCACCCUGAUAACCUGAAGGUAGAAGGAAGCUUCAGUGGGACUCCCAGUUCAAAAGAUGACUAUAAAUCAGUUACAGGUGAACGAGUAGAAGUCAAGAGGUACCAAGAUAACCUGAGAAUUGAAGGUGAAAUAGAGAUACAUAGAUCUAGAAAUGAUUAUAAUGCCAUUAGAGGCGAAAAAUUAGAAAUAAAAAAAUACGAGGACAAUCUGAAGAUUGAAGGUGACUUCACAGACAGUCGUUCACGGGAUGAUUAUAACCAUACUGGAAAAGGCGAGAGGUUGCCAAUUAAGAGACAUCCUGACAAUCUAAAAAUUGAGGGAGAGUUUGAGGGGUCACGAUCUCGAGAUGACUACCGGCCAGGCAAAGGAGAGAGGCAUGGAAUAAAGAAACAUCCAGAUAAUCUAAAAGUUGAGGGUGAAUUUCAUGGAAGCCCCAGAUUUAAGGAAGACUUUAAACCAGGAAGAGGCGACAAAGUAAACAUCAAAAAACCUCAAGAUAAUCUAAAAAUUGGUGGUGACUUCCAAGGGGUAUCAUUACAAAAGACACAAUUCAAAGAGGUGAAGGGAGAAAGAGCAGAAAUUAAGAAACACACCGAUACACUGACUGUGGGAAGUGGAACUAUGGACAUGAAAACUACUAGCAAAGAUACUUUCCAACCAAAGAGAAAAGAUUCUGUACCUGCAGCAGGUAGGUGUACUGGAACUGCCAACAGAAAACAGCAUAUGCAGUCACAGAUAACUCUUGGAGAUGAUCAUGUUUACGUGGCAGUGACCAAUAAGACAUUAUAUGAUGCAUCAAAUAAGUCAGCACAUGAAGACAAGACCCAUAAACAGAAUCAAAAUACCAAGAGGUCUGCCGUCUCCACAAAAGAAACAAGAACAGAGGCUGAUGGAACUACCGUGACAGUGACGAAGGAAGUCAUAGGACAGGAGGCCAAGGCAACUGGCACUAAAUCCUUUCAGCAACAAAGCAUUACCCAGGCUAUCAGUGGUACCUUGGGUACACAAUCUUCAUCUAGUACCAUACAAUAUGAAGCUAAGAAACCUGAAAUGUUAUCAAAACAAAAUGACAUUUCUGAUUCCUCUAAAUCAGUCCACCUGUCAACAGCUAAUAUUUCUGAUAAAAAAUCUCAUUCAGCUGAACUACACACAUCAGCUGAAUCAAAAUGCCAAUCCACAAACAUCCAAUCCUCCACUUUUGAAAGGAAACAUUGCAAAACCCAUGCCAACAGCAGUGAAUUUAAACAAGCCAUCAGUGGCUCUUCUGACAACAGCAUUCACAGUACCGUCAGUGACGUUGGCAUUAAAUCAGGUAGUCAUCACAGGAGAAGUGUUAUAACUUCUUCCUCUACUGAUGCUAGUAAUGCAAUUCUCCAUCGAAAGAGCACAACAACCUCAACAGAAGCUCUGCAUACUAUCUCCUCAGCUGCAUCAGCUCAGAGGAAAAGCAUUUCCAACCUCUGUGAACUGGGUCAGUAUAUCAGCAACUCUUCACAGAGCCAGGACAGGAGAAGUUUAAGUGCCCUUCACAGGCAGGGUGUGUCCCCUGGAGAAGUACUUCACCAGCAGAGAAGUGGUCAUGAUGUUUCCACCACCCUAUCCUCAUCUGAGCAACAAAGUCGUCAGGGAGCUGUUCAGAGAAGCUCGGCAUGGUCCUCUUCAUCCAUUCAGCAACUGCAGCAACAUACACGCUCAGAGAGAAACACGAGAAAGGAUAAUCUGUUUGUUGGAGAUGGAGCAUUCCAUGGACAGAGUGAAGCAAGGGCAUAUGGUAAUUUCCACACCAGUACUGGCACAACAGAGCGUGUUACUCAAACUCGACAUGCCAACACUUCCCAUAUAAUGCUUGGAGAUCACUCUGCUUCCUCCUCCCAUACAGCUUCCUCCUACAAAAAAGAAUUUGUCCCUAAGGUUACAGGACCUUGUCCUGCCACCUUACUUGAAACAAAAGAGCCUCCAUUUAAACACACAAGAGACACACAGAAACAUCGGUUUUACCUGCCAGUUGUUUCAAACUAGACUGUGAAAUCAUUACACAGAUAUAUAUGACAUUCUCAUGCAUAAUUCUUGUAUGCUAUCAUACACAGUCUCACAUCAUUAUGUAUUGUACUCUAUAUACUCUAGCUCUCUGAUAAUUUUUCGGUUGAUGAUAUAUGAUUUCUAGAGAAAAUGCACUUAAUUUUCCUUUACUAUUUUCAUAAAUUAUAUGGCUUCCAGUCCAUUCUUACACAGAUUAAUUUCUUUUUUUAAUACAGCUUGAACUACAGAAUAUAUAAUAAUUUACAUUGAAUCAUAAUACUCUUGCAUUAUAUAUAACUGCCUAAUACAGUCACAUUAUAAUACUAUAUAAUACAUCUGCAAAUAUGCCAUGAAAUUAAAUCCAUGGUCCCAGAUUUUGUAAACACUGGUGAAUGGUCCUUCAUAUACACAUAUCUUCAACCUUAACAACCAGCAGUAAAUCUGUGAUAGCAAGCCUACAAUCCCUUGUUUUGUGUUUUAUAAAUGCCUCCAAAUUUAUACAAUACUGAGAUGUUACAGCUUCAGAUUAAUGUAUUACAUAUAUAGCAAAUUUUUAAUCACAGAAUGGUGAAAGCCGUUAUUUUAAUAACAGAACUAAAGUGGUUUUGGAAGGAAAUAUUAAGACGCUUUUGAAGUUAUACAUAUGUCAAGAUCAUUUUUAGUGUGUAUAUAUAUGCAUGUGUGUGGCAGCUUGAGUGACAUAUAUAUAUAGGUAAAUAUAUUCCUCAUCAUAGCAUGAAGAAUUUUUACACACAUAUUUUACUGCUUGAAAGGGUGUAAUAAUUACACAGACAAUUUCAAAUUACAUUUUACCACAUUCCCAUUGGUUUUGACUUGUCACACAAGAAAAUACCUGCAAAUUAUAUUCAGUUGGAAACUCCGAAAUAAAAACUUUUGUAGAAAUAAAUAAGAAAAACAAGUUAUGUUUAUGAACACAAGACUUUGGAAUUCGUUCAGUCAUGGCUUCUAAUAGCACUUUUGUUUUUACUCACCAUUCAUAUUUAAUUUUAUGUCUAAUCUUUAGGGUUUUGUUUUGAUACAAUGCACUUGUUUGUUAUUUAACAGCUUAAUUUUAAAAGUAUGAUUACUUAAGUUUGCAACAUUUCAAUGUAAAAUAUGUUAAAAUAUGGACAACUAAUGUUCAUGUCAUUAUAUCUGCUUCCACAGUGUCUGAUGAUGUUAAGAUUCAAUAAAUUAAUGUAAAUUACAA